ACUCUCAAAACUGACGUCCGUCGGCAGACGCGCUCCGAUACGCUCUCUCCUUUUGCCUUCAUGGACUAAUCAAUUCGAGCAUGUACUUCAAUGUCGUUUACUGCUUUCCAGAAGUCGGUCCACAGCAUUGGCGCGCGUGUGCUUAGCGUCUGUGUUUUUGUGACUUCGGCAGGCGCGGAUUUAGCUGAAUAACUCACAAAUUACCCGCUCUGUUUAAUCUCCAGAGCCGCUCACUCUAAUGGACUAAAAGCAACUCCCGUUUCAAGUCUAUCCGGUUACUGUCAACUUUUACUCCUUAGAAACUCAGAAGAGAACCGCUCUCCUCCUCAGGACUGCAAUGCUGGACUCUGCUAUCAUGAGCAAGAACGGAAUGGUGACAAAGGUCCACACGAGAAUAAGGACGGACCCGUUUGGGGACAGUUAUGACCUUGUCGGCAAAGAGCUUGGCAGAGGGAAGUUUGCUGUGGUGAAGAAGUGUGUGGAGAAGGCCACAGGGAAAGAGUAUGCUGCCAAGUUUUUACGGACACGACGGAAGGGCCAGAGCUGCCGUGACGACAUCUUGAAUGAGGUCGCUGUGCUGGAGUCGGCUAAGGCCAACCCAUACGUAGUGGGGCUACACGAGGUGUACGAGACCAGAGCAGAGCUCAUACUGGUGCUGGAAUGUGCUGCUGGAGGUGAGAUUUUCAACCAGUGUGUUGCAGAAAACGAUGAGGCCUUCACAGAGAAAGACGUGAUCCGGUUGGUGCGGCAGAUUUUAUCAGGCGUGGCCUUCCUUCACCGAAACAACGUUGUUCAUUUGGACCUGAAGCCUCAAAACGUAUUGCUGACCAGUGUCCAGCCGUUGGGAGAUAUCAGGAUUGUAGAUUUUGGCUUGUCACGACAUGUAGACAAGACGUCGGAGGUGCGAGAGAUUCUGGGCACGCCAGAAUAUGUUGCUCCUGAGAUUCUGAGCUACGAGCCAAUCAGCACAGCUACAGACAUGUGGAGCAUUGGAGUGUUAACGUACGUGAUGUUGACGGGUGAGUCACCUUUCCAGGGGGAGGACAAGCAGGAGACCUUCCUCAACAUCUCCCAGGUCAAUGUGGACUAUUCCCAAGAUGUUUUCGAAGGAAUCUCUGUCCUCGCUUUGGACUUCAUCCAGUCACUGCUCCACAAAAAGCCUAUAGAUCGAGCGACAGCAGAAGAAUGUUUGAACCACCCCUGGUUGAACGUGCACGCUCUCCCUCAUGGUGCCCCCACAUCACUUGACGAACAGGAGGCGAGCCAAUCAGAAUCUGAGCCCGAGAGUCCCGCCCCUUCCCCAGAAAUGUUGGUCAUUCCAGUGUACCCCACAUGCCCAGGCCAAGGGGACCUGAAGACAGGCCGGGAUGCGUUUAGCUUCUCCGAGCCCUUCGCCACCCUCCCUGAAAUACAGCAGGAACUCAUCUGUUAAGAGUGACUGUCAUGGACGCUAAUCAACAGAGGGCUGAGUUAAUUCAUCAGCCAGUGAGGUUCUUCACUUUCACACUGAGAACCUGCCUGCACUGGUCUGAGCUGGUUUGCAUUUGACAGCGGUGGUGCACUCAGGUGUUUUGGCCCCCAACUGUAUGCUUAUGUAUGUGUGUGUGUGCAUGUCUGGUUGAGAGGUUUACUGUGCCGUGUGUUUGGGUACUGUAUGACGUGUCGUCAGUAGAGCUUGUAUGCACUUCUUGUCUGCUUCCAGUGGAACGUGCAUAAGCCCUCUACAAGCUCUUAAACAAGCCCUUAAUAAAGUAUUUGUAAGUUAUUAAUAAAGUUUUUAAGAAUGCCACCGUAGACUGUACUGCCAGUCUGAAUUAAGCAAACAAGAUUAUUCUAUUUAUGGUUUGUCCUUUGUGUGCAUGUAUUCCCUUGCUGCCCAUCAGUGUGAACAGGAGCUUCUCUGGGAACUGACCAUUGGGCAGCUCAGAACUGUGGGUAGUAUUCUUCAUCUGGAGAUGAUCUGAAAUUUGAACACCGUGAAAAUGAUGAGGUCAAGGACAAUGAACACUUUUUAAAGAGAACACAUCCGAUUGGCUGACUGGCACAUGUACUGAGGAUGCAGGAUCACUGCGUCAGGUGGUCAUCACUGUGGUGCUUUUGCAAUACAGUGGACCCAUCUGGACUUGCAUUGGGUUCUUGCUUUAGGAUGCUUGGUUGGGAAUAGUACUUUAGGAUAUUUUGUUCAAGCACUUUUAUUUAAAAAAAGAAAAGAGAAAAAAAAGUGUUUAACCUCAGAACAAGUGCUAAGAAGUGGCAUAGAGCCAAAGACUUGUUAACAUGGUUCAAGAAAAGCACAGUUUAGUAGUUAGAGAUGUUCACCCACGUGUACGUACCCACACUCCACUACUGUAAUUUGUACCUAUCACUGUUCUCCACAACGUGCCACCAAUGCCACUGUUCUGUUCUGUAGUUUCUCAAGACGUUUUGCUUUUGUUGCACAGAUUUUCAUGUAUAGUACUUAUGUUUAAGGGUUUUUUUUGUUUGUCCCCCCUUCUUUUACCUGAAUCUUUUGUAUGUAAUGUCAUGCUCUUCAGAGCUUCAUAUAGGUAUAGAAAAGAGAAACAAAGUGGCCACCUCACAAAAUUUUCUUCAGCAUCAUCAAUUGGACCACCAUUUUAGUUUUCAGUUCAUGCUUACUGACAUAGGAAUAAUCAGCAGUCUAACUCGGGCUAAUUCAGAGCAUGCUCUUGGAGCUGGGAACUAUGGGAGAACAUUUGAGAAGCAGUGUAUAUUAAAGUGUACAUUUUUGGUUUUAAAAGAGAACAUUGUGUAAAAAAUAUUUUUCUAUUUUCCAUUGUAUUUGAAGGUUUAAUAUGUAACAAAAUAUAAAGAUUGUAUUAAUUUAGAAUUUUAUACUUAUUUCCUGUGUGCUUAAGGCAAGUUUGCACUUAUGUCCAAAUGAACCAUCUCUUGGAGUUCAAUAUUAUUGGCAUUGCUGGCAAAGUAUUGAAAAAGAAUAAUAAAUGUACAUUUUCAUAUGAA